UGGGCUCUUUGUAAGUUAGCAGAUCGCAUGUAUCCCAAAGCGCAGUGAUGUAGAUUCCCGGGGGGGGGGGCUUCUAAAGCAGAUUUGGGAUAGGAUCCAGAAUGGGAUGGUAGUAGAGUGUUGUUUGUUGCGCAAAGGGUUUGAAGGAUUUAUUUAAGCCAGCAACGCGGUAUUCGGAGCAGGAGCUGCAAAGACCUCGGAGGAAGCCGAAGGGGAACAAGAUUUGAGCCACCUGGCUUGCGACGUGCACGGCCGAAAAAGGGGAAAAAACUUGGCUCUCUCUGGUGGGCCAGCCUCGCUGGGACUGAAACCUGACUGUAACAAUCCAAGAAGUGGCGGAAAGACCUGCACCGAGGCCUUCCACAUUAACCAAGCCGAAGAUGUGCUUGGGGAGUGAGGGGUGCCUCCGCCUGAGGAGAUUCCCGAAAGGGGUCUUGAGGCUGUUGACGCAAACUUUAUAAAUGGCGUUUACACCCUUUCAAGGCAGAGCUCCCGGCGCCUGAAGCAUUUAAAUUCCCUCCCUCCCCCCCCCGACGACUUCCCCUUUGCCUACUUUUUGUUAAAUUGGAGAAUCUUUAAAAGGAGAACUUAGGAAGCGAAGCGCUGAGGCUUUCUUUGCCUGUCCAUGUGUUUACGCCGCGCCUUGGGAAGAGCUGCUCUCUCCCCUCCUUUCGGUUUAGCGCCGGUAUUUUGACAGGCUCGUCCUCCCCCCCCCCGCCCCAAAGCCGUUACCCGGCCGGCCAGCGAGGAGGGGAGGGGCAGCUCUGGCUCCUCUCCCGCUUAGUCAGGGCCGGGAGGUGGGGGAGGGCACACCUCGUGGCGGAGGCGGCAGCAGCAGCAGCAGCAGCAGCAACAGCUUGUGCCAAGCACCAGUUGAAGAACAAAGAAGGAAGAAGCGGCGAGAGGGCCACUCUCAAGUUACUUUCUGCACCAGCCAGCCCCGACCGUCCCGUAGCGUCAGACGCCGCCUUUGCAAAAGGACCCCGCUGGAAGCCGCCUUCUCUUCUCCGCUCUUUCCUUCCCCCUCCCCUUUUUCUUUUCUUUUCUUUUCUUUUCCAAAGUUUCUUCCUCCCUUCCUGGCAAUAAAAGGAGGGGGAUCUUCCACGAGAAAGGCGGGAAGGGCACCGAAAUGAAAGCUCAGAAAAGAUGAAAAUCUCCCGUGUUCAUGGAGGUGGAGUUACGAUAAGAAGUGCUGCUGCAAUAUCAGGCAGUGAGACCGAAGACGAUGACAGCAUGGAUGUCCCCCUGGAUCUCUCUUCUUCUGGCUGCUCAAUCAAGAGGAGGAGACGGGGUAAUUUGCCCAAAGAAUCGGUGCAGAUUCUUCGGGACUGGCUGUAUGAGCACCGUUACAAUGCUUAUCCUUCUGAACAAGAGAAAGCACUAUUGUCGAGACAGACGCACCUUUCCACACUACAGGUCUGCAACUGGUUCAUCAAUGCACGGCGCAGGCUUUUGCCUGACAUGUUGAGGAAGGAUGGGAAAGACCCAAAUCAAUUUACUAUCUCACGAAGAGGGACCAAGGUAAUUGAUGGCCACCCAGUGGAAUUUUCCAGCUCAAAAAACUGCAUUCCCCUGAUUGAGAGCUCCUUUCUCUCUAGUAGCCCAAGACCAAACAAGACUUGUAAUGCUCCUUCUCCAGGAUCUCUUUUGGCUCGUCCCUCAGUGAUUUGUCAUACCACCGUAACUGCACUGAAAGAUGUCCCUUUCCAUUUCAAUCAGCCCGCUGGUACAGGUCAAACUACAGAUGACCUUCAGUGGGCUUCACCUACCAACUUUACAGACAACACUCUCCUAUUCCACGAGGAUAAGUUGGGACCUAGUUCAAAUGCACAAAGUGGGCUUUUCAACACUCCUCCUCCAACUCCCCCAGAUCUGAAUCAGGACUUCAGUGGAUUUCAACUCCUGGUGGAUGUUGCAUUGAAACAAGCAGCAGAGAUGGAAUUGCAGGCAAAACUGAUGGCAUAAAUUCUCCAUAUUUUCUCUUCUCCCAACAGGGAUUUAACAAAGAUGUGGCAAUUGUUUCAAUGAUAUCAAGGAUUUAACUGCAUUAUUUGUUCUAAUUAAUCUUAUUUGCACAAGGGAUUGCUGAAAUGAAGCUUCCUACCCCUGUUAUGAUCUUCAGUGGAUUCCAGUCAUUCCAAGAAUUAUAAACUUAAAGCUACUGUAGAAGCAACCCCGCCCCUUUUAAAAGUUUCUUAGUAGGUUUUUUUUUUCAUAAUGUGAGAUGGUUCCCAAGAUCAUGUGAUUUUGUUUUGUUUUCAUUAUUUGUCUCUUUCAGACUGUGCAAUAUUUAGUAACAAGAUUAGUAUUCAUAUCAUUCCCAUGUGGAACAAAAUAUACCAACAGGCUGUCUUAUAAAAGUUCAGAUUUUAAUACAAGUUUGGAUUUGAAUGAUUAUACUUUUUCAUGAUGUAAUAAAAUAUUUUCUUUAA